AUGCGUGACAUCUACGAGAGAGCUUGGAACGUUGUAAUCUGGUUGGGUCAAGGUUGGGACAACUUCCACCUAGUUAUGCGGUACCUGGAGCAAAUGGGCCAAAAUCAGAGCUUCCACAUACACCCAGCUAUAAACCCAAGCCUUCAGCUCGAUGGAAGAGAUAUCACGGCUCCUGAGAUCCAGAAAGGACUGAAGAUGUUCUUUGGCUCUUCUUGGUGGACGCGUGUAUGGACUGUCCAGGAGUAUCUAUUGUCUCGACGAUCCGUGUUCCAAUGCGGCCGGUACCUGCUCGACAGAAAUGUUGCAAGACAGGGUGUGCAGAGUUACUUCCAUCACUUGGAGCGAUGCUGCUCCGCUUUGAGGUCUGACUGCCCUAAUCACAACGACAUCUUCAAAAGUUUGAUCGUCAUGGAAAAUGUGGAAUACAUUCGCUUACUUCUCCAAGAUGUAUCCCUGCCAUACAUUUUCAGCCAAUUCCGAAACACGAGAGACGCAACCGACAUGCGUGACAAAAUCUUUGGGAUGCUCGGGCUUGCACGGGGCCAGUACCAAAACAUAAUCCGACCAAACUACCUGCUCUCAACAGAACAGAACUUCGAACUAGCAACUGUGGAAAUUAUGAAGAACACAAGGCCGUUGGAGAUCCUAAGCCACAUUCCUGUUGCUGGUGAACGGAAUCUCAGCUUACCGUCAUAUGUCCCCGAUUGGACGGUGUCGGCCAAAGACGACUAUUACUACACAGAUUGGCUGAACUGGGUAGGUCAUCUGCAUCUCUAUAAUGCGUGCAAAGAUGAGGUUGCAGACCUCGAAAUUAUUGAGCCAGGAGUGCUUGCGCUCAAAGGGAGUGUAAUCGAGGAGAUUGACCUGGUCGGAUCUGUGCCUGGUAGUGUGUCAUAUGGUGCCUUUCUGGAAGAACUGAUCUCACUUGCAGCGAUAUGUAAGGAUGCAAACAGAGAUCCAAUAGUAGUAGAUUGGGCACCGAAGACAGCGUUCUGGUCAGUAAUAUGCGGCACCAUGGAAAACUAUCUCGACUCAGACAGAGACAACCGUCCAUUCUACCGCCGCAUCCUACCCCUAAGUAGCUUCGAACGUUUCGACAAAUGGAUUUCAUGGUACCCAUCAAAUUCAGCAAUUGGAAUGGAUGCCGAAGUUCUUUCCACCCACCGUCCAUUCAUAGUUGUAAGCGCGGGGCGGAAAUUUGCUGUCACGAAGAAGGGACGGUUGGCUUGGUGUCCGGUCAAGUCGAACCCUGGGGAUGUCAUCGCCAUUUUAGCUGGUGGUAGUGUCCCUUUCGUCCUACGAAUAGGGGAUAAUGGUAGAUACACUGUCGUUGGAGACGCGUACAUUCAAGGGAUCAUGGAUGGAGAGAUAUUGACAGAUGAUUUGGAGUUUAUUGAGUUGAUCUAA